GGGGGCGGGCGCCGUAAGGCAAAGGUGGCAGGGGCUACGCGCUGUCGCUUCUCUUUCGUGCAUCCCCCGACACGGCCUCGACAGGCAUGGCGCCCUCUCAUGUUGCCAUCAUCGGCAGUGGACUCAUUGGUCGCAGCUGGGCCAUGGUGUUUGCUGCUGGAGGCUUCAAAGUGAUACUUUAUGAUAUCGCACAACAACAGCUAACAGCUGCACUGGAAAACAUUCGCAUACAAAUGAAAGAGCUGGAGGAGUCGGGAUUCCUGAAAGGAUCUUUGAGUGCAGAGCAGCAGUUGGCUCUCAUUAGCAUCUGUACAGACCUGAAGGCAGCAGCAGAGGGUGCUAUUUUCAUUCAGGAAUGUACUCCGGAGAACCUGGAACUGAAAAAGAAGAUUUUCGGUCAGUUAGAUCUUAUUGUUGGUGACAAUGUUAUCUUGAGCAGCUCGACCUCUUGUCUCUUACCCAGCAAAUUGUUCACUGGCCUUAAACAUGUUAAGCAGUGUAUUGUGUCACAUCCUGUAAAUCCACCUUACUUCGUGCCAUUGGUUGAAAUUGUUCCUCAUCCAGAAACAGAUCCUUCUACUACAGAAAGAACAUAUUCCCUGAUGAAGAAGAUUGGUCAAUCUCCUGUCAAACUAAACAGGGAAAUCGAGGGGUUUGUUCUGAAUCGGCUCCAGUAUGCAGUGAUAAGUGAAGCCUGGAGACUUGUGGGUGAAGGGGUAAUAUCUCCUACUGAUCUAGACCUUGUGAUGUCUGAUGGAUUGGGAAUGCGAUACGCGUUUAUUGGACCUCUGGAAACCAUGCAUCUUAAUGCAGAAGGUAUUUCAGAUUAUUGCGAAAAGUACCGUGAAGGUAUGAAGCUUGUUCUGAACACCUUUGGACCAGUUCCACAAUUUUCAGGGGAAAUUCAGCAGAAAAUCAAUCAGGCAAUGUCUGAAAAAAUUCCAGCUGUUCCAAAAGUCCUGGAUGCCAGGAGAAAACGGAGAGAUGAGUAUCUCACUGGUCUUGCCAAACUGAAAAAGCAAAUGAAGUCUGACUGAGGUGCUCCUCGUCUAACAGGAGAGACCAAAUGAAGAGCUGAUCUUCAAAAAAAGUGGAAACUUGAUCAUGCAGAAGGGGAGUCUGAAUGUGCACCCAAUGAUAUGCACAGCAGUAGAGACUAAUGAAACAUUUGGUCCAAAUUUGUCAUGCCAUAAUUAAUGAAUUAACUGGAAACUGUUCUUAAAAAGCUCAGUUAAAAUUUAUUAAAUGACUAUAUACAUGCAUUGGAUGUGUAUGCAGCAAGCAGCUUUAGUAAUACAAAUGUUGUGCAAUGCUGGAACACAAUCAUGGUUUAAAUAAUGCGUUUUUUUCAGCUUGCUUAGGAAUUCAGUGCUUGAACAACAUUUGCUUAUGCAGGGAUCUGAAAUAGGCAAACAUCAGCUGUUUGUCACUGGAGAAAAUAAGCCCUCACCCACCAAUCACUGUGGCAGCAAGGUUAAUUUGUAAAGCACUGGACCAUAGUCAGGAGAAGGUUGUGUUGAGCAAAGAGUAGAUUCACUGGCCAGCAAGCUGAGACCUCAGCAGCUGUAAGGGUCACUUCAAAUUUUAUCUGUAAUUGUUCCACAAUGUAGGGGAAAGAAUUCAUAGAAUCAUAGAAUCAGUCAGGGUUGGAAGGGACCGAAAGGAUCAUCUAGUUCCAA